AUGGGGGGUGACAAAGCUCUCAGUCUUGAAGAGAUUAAAAAUGAGACUGUUGAUUUGGAAAAGAUUCCCAUUGAAGAAGUGUUUGAGCAGCUGAAAUGUACCAGGGAAGGUUUGUCUUCAGAGGAAGGGGCCAGCAGGUUGCAAAUUUUUGGCCCCAACAAAUUGGAAGAGAAAAAGGAAAGCAAAAUUCUCAAGUUCCUUGGAUUUAUGUGGAAUCCACUCUCAUGGGUCAUGGAAGCUGCAGCAAUCAUGGCUAUUGCCCUCGCUAAUGGUGGUGGACAGAAACCUGAUUGGCAAGAUUUCGUUGGUAUUGUCUGCUUGCUCGUGAUCAACUCUACUAUUAGUUUUAUUGAGGAGAACAAUGCUGGAAACGCCGCUGCAGCUCUUAUGGCUGGUCUCGCUCCAAAAACCAAGGUGCUUCGAGAUGGCCGAUGGAGUGAACAGGAAGCAGCUAUUUUGGUUCCUGGUGAUAUUGUAAGCAUAAAAUUGGGAGACAUCAUUCCUGCUGAUGCCCGUCUUCUUGAAGGUGAUCCGUUAAAGGUUGACCAAUCUGCCUUGACUGGAGAAUCUCUUCCUGUCACCAAGAAUCCAGGAGACGAAGUUUUCUCUGGUUCAACAUGCAAACAAGGUGAAAUUGAAGCUGUCGUAAUUGCCACUGGUGUUCAUACAUUCUUUGGGAAAGCAGCACAUCUUGUUGACAGUACCAACCAGGUUGGUCAUUUCCAGAAGGUGCUGACUGCCAUCGGUAACUUCUGCAUCUGCUCCAUUGCAUUGGGUAUGUUGAUUGAGAUAAUCGUCAUGUACCCGAUCCAGCACAGACCCUACAGAAAAGGAAUUGACAAUCUCCUUGUGCUCUUGAUUGGUGGUAUUCCCAUUGCUAUGCCCACUGUCUUGUCUGUGACUAUGGCCAUUGGAUCACACAGGCUAUCUCAGCAGGGUGCCAUCACAAAGAGAAUGACUGCCAUUGAAGAAAUGGCUGGCAUGGACGUGCUCUGUAGUGAUAAGACUGGCACUUUGACUUUGAACAAGCUCAGUGUUGACAGAAACUUGGUCGAAGUGUUUGCAAAAGGAGUUGAUAAAGAGCAUGUUUUGCUUCUAGCUGCAAGGGCUUCCAGAGUUGAAAACCAGGAUGCCAUUGAUGCUGCCAUCGUGGGGAUGCUUGCUGAUCCAAAGGAGGCACGAGCUGGUAUAAGAGAGGUCCACUUCUUGCCAUUCAAUCCAGUCGACAAGAGGACUGCUUUGACUUAUAUUGAUAAUGAUGGAAACUGGCACAGGGCUAGCAAGGGAGCCCCUGAGCAGAUUCUUGCUCUUUGCAAUGCAAGCGAAGAUAUGAAGAAAAAGGUUCACUCAAUUAUUGAUAAAUAUGCUGAUCGUGGGCUGCGGUCGUUAGCUGUUGCAAGACAGGAAGUGCCCGCAAAAUCAAAAGACAGUCCUGGGGGUCCAUGGCAGUUUGUUGGGUUGUUACCACUUUUUGAUCCUCCAAGACAUGACAGUGCUGAGACUAUUCGCAGGGCCCUCAACCUUGGUGUUAAUGUUAAGAUGAUUACAGGUGAUCAACUUGCAAUUGGAAAGGAGACUGGACGUAGGCUUGGAAUGGGAACAAACAUGUAUCCUUCAGCUUCCUUAUUGGGGCAACACAAGGAUGAGUCAAUUGCUGGCCUUCCUGUUGAAGAGUUAAUUGAGAAAGCUGAUGGUUUUGCUGGAGUGUUUCCAGAGCACAAGUAUGAAAUAGUGAAGAAGUUACAAGAGAGGAAGCACAUUGUUGGAAUGACUGGUGAUGGUGUAAAUGAUGCCCCUGCACUGAAGAAGGCAGAUAUCGGUAUUGCAGUUGCAGAUGCUACAGAUGCUGCCAGAAGUGCAUCAGAUAUUGUUCUUACUGAACCUGGUCUAAGUGUUAUUAUCAGUGCUGUUUUGACUAGCAGAGCUAUUUUCCAGAGGAUGAAGAACUAUACAAUAUAUGCAGUAUCCAUUACCAUUCGUAUUGUGUUUGGAUUCAUGUUUAUUGCUUUGAUAUGGAAGUUCGAUUUCUCUCCCUUCAUGGUUCUGAUUAUUGCCAUCUUGAAUGAUGGAACAAUUAUGACAAUUUCAAAGGACAGAGUGAAGCCAUCACCGGUCCCUGACAGCUGGAAACUAAAAGAAAUUUUCGCUACUGGAAUAGUGCUUGGUGGUUAUCUAGCAUUGAUGACUGUCAUAUUCUUCUGGGCCAUGAGAGAGACUCAUUUCUUCCCAGAUAAAUUUGGGGUCAGACAUAUUGGUGACAGUGAGCAUGAAAUGAUGGCUGCUCUUUACCUACAAGUGAGUAUUGUUAGCCAGGCUCUGAUUUUUGUUACUCGAUCACGAAGCUGGUCCUUUGUGGAACGCCCCGGGCUACUGUUGGUGACUGCUUUCAUCAUUGCUCAGCUGGUUGCCACUCUAAUUGCUGUUUAUGCCAACUGGAGCUUUGCAAGAAUCAAAGGAUGUGGUUGGGGAUGGGCUGGAGUUAUCUGGCUUUACAGUGUAGUGUUCUAUAUUCCACUUGACUUCCUCAAGUUCUUCAUUCGAUAUGUAUUAAGUGGAAAGGCUUGGAACAACUUGCUUGAAAACAAGACUGCUUUCACCACCAAGAAGGAUUACGGGAAAGAGGAGAGGGAAGCUCAAUGGGCUGUUGCUCAGAGAACUUUACAUGGACUUCAACCACCCGAAGCCACAAACAUUUUUGAGGAAAAGAGCAGCUACAGAGAGCUUUCUGAAAUCGCAGAACAAGCUAAAAGGAGAGCUGAGAUGGCCAGGCUUCGUGAACUGCACACGCUCAAGGGUCAUGUCGAGUCGGUGGUGAAGCUGAAAGGUCUGGAUAUCGAAACCAUCCAGCAGCAUUACACUGUUUGA